GUUUAGUCAUUUUGCUAAGGAUGUGGUGGUAAUCUACUUGACACCUAAGCGAACUCAGAACGAAAAAUGUCUUGGCAGUUUUUGACAUUCGUAUGCACUGGCUCCAGAUGCGAUUUUCGUCUCCAUUCCAUCCGCCAUGCCGAUUGUUCUUUGUUACAUUUGCAUUACUAAAAGAGACCGAGUGGGCUGAGAUCGGAGUUAAAACCCGGCUAGAGUUUGGAAUCCGACAAAAUCCUGGAUCUCGUCUCGACCGGAUCCUGUUUAUUGUAUACACAUCAUGCUGUUUGGUUAUGUUUGGGUAGUGGCCCGUGUCUCCGGCUCAGUGAAUUAGCAAUGCCGAUACUGGGCUACUUGCUACGCUGUGCAGUUGCUCGUUUUUCGUACUGCGCGUAACAUGGUAGUAAUCUGCAGAAGUUAGACAAAGCAUCUUUUUCUAUCGUCACCUUUAGCUACGUAAGGCGGAGGCCUUUGGAACUUCAGAAGUGCUUCUCAUUCCACGCCUCGAAAAUUGUCAAAAUGACCGAGGAGACACCAGAGGAGUUUAUCUGGUGCGAUGACUGUGGGCAGUACCACGACGCGGAGUGUCCGGAGCUCGGCCCUGUGGUGACGGUCAGGGACUCGUUUGUGCUGAGUCGAGCUCGGUCCUCUCUCCCGGACAGCCUGGAGAUCCGGCCGGCCGGGGGGGGAGAAGAGGGAGUGUUCGCCCUCCGGCGUCUGAUCAAGCGGACGCGGUUCGGGCCCUUCGAGGCGAAACGCGUGGCCCGGCUGGACCAGGAAGUGCUGUUUCCUCUGAAGAUUUUCCAUAAGGACGGGACCGUGGUCUGCUUCGACGCGGCGAACGAGGACGACUGCAACUGGAUGAUCCUGGUGCGUCCCGCCACGGAGCACCAGCACCAGAACCUGACGGCCCACCAGCAGGAUGACGAGGUCUACUUCAACACGUCGCAGGACGUUCUGCCCGGGACGGAGCUGAGGGUGUGGUACGGCGCCUUCUACGCCCGCAAGAUGGAGAAGGCGGUGCUGAAGCUCCCGGCUCCUCCCCCUCCAGCAGUGGUGGAAGUGGCCCCUCCCACUCAGACCGCGAUGGACGGGACCGCGGGGAAAGCCGGUGCCUCGGAACCGUCGCUGGCGGGAGAGGGUGACGCGGGUGCCCAAGGGCUGGAUUGUACCCAGUGGGUGUGUAAAGUGUGCCCAGCUGUGUUUGUGGAGCCACAACUCCUGACAGACCACCUGUUGAGUCACCUGCAGGAGGUGAAGACCGUGGCCUCGCCCGCCGUCGACCUGACCGUCCACCAGGAGGCGGAGUCGGCGUUCCCCGGCAACGCUCUCAGCGCUGAGGUCACGACAGGGCUGCCGGUACCCAAGAAAAAGGGCGUGAGAGGGCGAAAGGGCAAAGGUCACAAACUCACCCCCAGGCCCCCAGCGCCACCUGCAGGCGACACCAGCAAAGAGGGUGUGCCUGAGGUGCCCAUGGAGCAGGUCCUCAGUACCAUGCCUCCGGACGUGGGCCUGUCGCUCCUGGACACCUCUGACAUCAUGAUCGGCUCGGACGGCGUUCCGGUGAAGCUGCAGAGGAUGUCCCGCGCCCUGAUGCCGUCCUCCAAGACUGGGAUCAGGAGGAGGUUCCUGAGGCAGGGAGAGCACAAGCGGGUGUACCAGUGUAGCCUCUGCAACAAGGUCUUCCAGAACAGCAGCAACCUCAACCGCCACGUUCGUUCCCACGGCGAUAAGCUGUUCAAAUGUGACGAAUGUGACAAGAUGUUCAGCAGGAAGGAGAGCCUGAAGCAGCACAUCUCCUACAAGCACAGUAAGAACGAGCCUGACCUGGAGUACAGGUACAAGUGCCUCACGUGCGAGAAGUCGUUCAGGGUCGAAAACGCUUUGAAGUUCCAUAACUGCAGGACAGACGACAAGACCUUCCAGUGCGAGAUCUGCUCCCGGUUCUUCUCCACCAACAGCAACCUGUCCAAGCACAAGAAGAAGCACGGCGAGAAGCUGUAUGCCUGCGAGAUCUGCAACAAGAUGUUCUACCGCAAGGACGUCAUGCAGGACCACCAGCGGCGCCACAUCGUGGGUGAGUCCGGCGGGACGGGCUGGCGAGGUGACCGAGGUGCAUGCUGGGAAAAGGAUGAAACGAUGCCCACUCCCCUCCUCCCACCUGCAGGCCCGAGACACGUGAAGAGGGAGGAGCUGGAGGCCAACGGGGAAGAAGGAAGCAAGUACAGGAAGGAGCCGUCGGCCUGUCCCAUAUGUGGAAAAGUGUUCUCCUGCAGGAGCAACAUGAACAAGCACCUGCUGACCCACGGCGAUAAGAAGUACACCUGCGAGAUCUGCGGGCGCAAGUUCUUCCGCGUGGACGUGCUGAGGGACCACAUCCACGUGCACUUCAAGGACAUCGCCCUGAUGGACGAGCAGGAGCGAGAGGACUUCAUCCGCAAGAUCGGCAUCGCCGUGGGCGACAGCGACUGCGACUCGGACGAGGACGAGGCCGAGGACGACCCCGAGAACCACAAGUACAGCUGCAAGAAGUGCCAGGUGACCUUUGCCAAGGGGAGGGAGUACCUGAAGCACAUCCUGGAGCUGCACAAGGAGAGGGGCUACGGCUGCGCCAUCUGCAACCGCCGCUUCGCGCUCAAGGCCACCUACAACGCGCACCUGGUCAUCCACCGCGAGCAGCUGCCCGACCCCGCCGUGCAGAGGUACAUCCAUCCCUGUGAAAUGUGCGGUCGCAUUUUCAACAGCAUUGGCAACCUGGAGAGACACAAGAUCAUCCACACGGGUGUGAAGAGUCACAGCUGCGAUCAGUGCGGGAAGUCCUUCGCCAGGAAGGACAUGCUCAAAGAGCACCUGAGGGUCCACGACAACAUCCGGGACUUCCUGUGCGCCGAGUGCGGGAAAGGCAUGAAGACCAAGCACGCCCUCAGGCACCACAUGAAGCUCCACAAGGGCAUCAAGGAGUACGAGUGCAAGCAGUGCAACCGCAAGUUCGCCCAGAAAGUCAACAUGCUGAAGCACUACAAGCGCCACACCGGCAUAAAGGACUUCAUGUGUGAGCUCUGCGGCAAGACUUUCAGCGAGAGGAACACCAUGGAGACGCACAAGUUGAUCCACACAGUGGGGAAGACGUGGUCGUGCGUGGUGUGCGAUAAGAAGUACGUGACGGAGUACAUGCUGCAGAAGCACGUCCAGCUGACCCACGAGAAGGUGGAGGCGCAGAGCUGCCACCUGUGCGGCACCAAGGUCUCCACCCGAGCCUCCAUGAACCGCCACAUGCGCCGCAAGCACCCGGAGGUCGUCACGGUGAGAAUCGACGACUUCGACGAGCUGCAGGAGGCCACGACCAUCGACGCGUCCACCAUCAGCAUCGAGCAGCCAUCGCUGUCUUUGGAGAAGGAGGCGCUCUCCGGGGAGAAGCCCCCCCGGACGCCGCGGCCCCCCAAGAAGAAGGCGGCCAAGCCGGUGGAGGAGGUGGACCUGACGGAGGCGGACGACUACGGGCCCUUCUCGGGCAAGGCGCCGGACUUCGGCGGGGCGGUGGGGGACGAGACCAGCUCGGCGGUGCAGAGCAUUCAGCAGGUGGUGGUGCUGGCCGACCACGGGGUGGCGACCUCCUCCGCCUCGUCGCCCUCCAGCUCGGUGGGCCUGACCAACAUCACCGUGACGCCCAUCACGGCUCAGGCCGCCCAGUUCACCAGCCUGCAGCCCGUGGCGGUGGGUCACCUGACCCCCGGGGACCGCCCGCUCACGCUGGACAGCUCCAUCCUGACGGUCACCUUCGACGCCGUCAGCGGCGCCGCCGUGCUCCACAACCGGGCCGCCGAGCUGCCGACGGACGGCCCGGGAGGGGGCGCCGCCGUCCCGCAGUCCGUGGCGCACUUCAUCAACCUCACCACCUUCGUCAACCCCAUCGCGCACCCCCUGGAGCAGCCCGCCCUGGCCUGGCGACCCGUCACCCCAACGGAGGGGAGCCCCCCCGCCCCCCCCGGGGGCGACCCCGCCCAGCCGGAGCCCCAGGACCCCCAGACGCAGCCCCCCCAGCCCCAGCAGGCUCCACAGCAGCUGGAGCAAGCCCAGGCCCAGGCUCCGCCCAUCCAGUCGCAACCCGCCCAGGCCACGCCCACAGCCCAGCCUCCCCAGCAACCCGCCGCGCAGCAGAUGUACGGCUACUAACCGCCGCUAGCGGUCACGGUUAUCGUGGAAAGCACCGUCCCCCAAGUGCAUUGUGGGAAAUGCGAAACAUUGCUGCGGUCUGUGAAAAAUGUGUCUGUAAAACUGGAAACCGCUGUCUGGUCAAAGCCAUUGCAGAAAAGCGGUGCGUUCGCAUUGGCUGUUUCAAAUCAUGGGAAAAGCUCACGCAUCCUGUAUCCUGGAAUGAAAGGCGGGGGUCAACGGGUACUGUAGCAGGAAGUUGCGUGAACCGUUUGAAUCCAGAGCUGCUCGAAGACAAGGGGCUUGCCAAUGUUCCGAGUAAUUCUCAUAAAAUACAAAACAGGUGAAGUUUCGGUCACUUAAUUUACAUUAGUUUGCAUCUGGUAUGUGUGACUUUUUAAAUAGUACUUCAGAACCGGUACUUUGGGCUUAUAGUGUUUACAGUAGAAGCUACGAAGUUCAUUUCUAGGCUGGUAGAACUACACACUCAGUACUUCCGUAGGAUUUUAUAUUUUGAGACAAAUCAAAGCGAAAGAUGUUACAUAUUUCAAUGCCUUAAUUGUGGCUUCUGAGUUAAAGUCUGCAUGCACUACGAAUAUGACGAACUCUUGAAUUGUCUUUUGUAACAGGUGACUAAAUACACAGGAUGAUUAAAUGAAUUGCAUUUGUUCGGGAAUGAGCAUCAUCAAAGCUUUAACUGAAUGAAUUAUACUGUUGGCUGCCAUUUAGUGCACAAUUGAUUUAUUUCACGUUGACUGCGGGAAAGCAGCGUACCUGUGGGAGAUGAAAUCAAAACAUGUAAAUUUUACUGUCGAAUGACAGAGGUUCUUGAAGCUGUAUCUAACUUGAAAAAUAUUUAGUUAUGUUUUGUGAUGCACAUCAUCUAAACUUAAGAUGUAGAAUGAGGCAGAUAAAGUUACAAAUAUAUUUACUUGAGAAUGUUUUUUUAAAAUGGUUUUUUCUUUUAUUAUUUUGAUGAAAUGCCCAUCAUGUUGGACUGAUUUAAGUUUCUGUCUGAAAUUGUAGUGUCAAACAGUGGAAAAGGACACAAGAAAAUAAAUGAGAAUAUUAUUGAGCAAA